AUGUGCACCGUGUUGCAUCAAAGAAACCUUACGGAAAGGGAUUCCACGGAGAAUGGAGACACUGAAGUGAUCCUGGUCCUAGCCGAAAACAUGGAAUCCGGCCAUUUAGACCGGGAGCAGGCAAAUGAACUGGUGCUUGAUUCUAUUGGCCUGGAAGAAAAUACUUCUUCAACCGGCUCAGAAUCCGACUGUGACCCCUUUGAAGGAUUGGACCUGGCGGUUUAUUCUCUGUUCAAUAAUUCAGUGGAUCCAGACGGAGACGCCAAUGGUGAAAUAAGCUGGGACGACUAUCUUUUUGAGGCACUCAACCAGCUGGCUGAUGAGCCAGUCCCAUGGGAAUUUCUGACUAAGAAAUGGCCAAAAGAAGACCAACCGUCAUGGUAUCCCUUCAAAGGAAAGGAGGUUUGUUUGUUUUGUGGAUCUGUUUGA